CUGGGUAUUGCUAAUGGGAAUGGAGUGGAAUAGGAUUUGGGAUAGGACGAAUGGAAAAUUUAAGGAAGUUGAAUAGCCUAGUGUACAACAUACACAUCUUGUUGUUUUACUGUGUUUAUUAUUUAUACAUAAAUAUUCACUACACCUCACAUGGUGGUGACGAACAAUUAGGCUAGAGAUUGAGAAAUGAAUUGUUUAUAAAUGUUACGUCUAUAUUAAGAUAUAUGAUAAACACAUUCUGAGAUAAGCCUCUGUUCUCGUUUGAUAAGAAAUUAAGCGAUUUGGAUUGAUAUCAGUGUUAAAAUAACUGUGAUUAAUUUCGAACUAGGCCCAGAUAUCAGUUUAAUUUGAUUGAAUUUUAAAUAUGAAAUUUGUAUUACCUAAUAGUUGACAGGCAAAAAGAUGAACAAAAAUCUUCAAUCACCGACAGCAUUGACAGAGUUCGCUCCUCUUAGCCCAGAGCCUGACGACAGUCCAGGGAUCUCUCAGCUGCUGACCAAACUGUUUAAACGUAGCUCCAACAAUGCCCCUGGUAGGGCUCAGUCCACAUUUUACAUUGCUGAGACAAAACAACCACAGCCAACCGAAGCAGCCACAAGAACUGAGUUACCAGAAGCAACAGACACAAGGUGGCAGGACAAUCCUGAGUUUAACAAGGAGCCACACUCGGACUCCAGCAGCUUGUCUGGAGGGGACCAAUACCGGCUGGAGGUUACGGAAGGUCGUAGUCUACCCAAUGUUCUCAAAAGAAUAAGCAACUUAUUGGCGCUCAAAAGUAGCGGCCUGCAAGCCUACAAGGACACAGAACUGAAGCAGUACUGGAUGCCUGACUCUGUGAGCAAGGAGUGUUACGAUUGUGGGGAGAAGUUCACCACGUUCCGCCGCAAGCAUCAUUGCCGCGUCUGUGGCCAGAUCUUCUGCUCACGCUGCUGUAACCAAGAGAUCCCUGGCAAGAUCAUGGGCUGUACCGGUGAUCUAAGAGUAUGCACGUAUUGCGGAAAGGUUGUCUUGUCGUACCUACAGUCGGCUGAUAUGGGAGCAGACCUCUCGUCGGACCUUCGGGCGCUACAGGAAGAUCUGCAAACCAAAUUCGGGGAUUCGGACGUAACGCUUUUCCCACCCAAUCCUCAACCCAGCUUAGCUAUCCCAGCAGCCGAACGGGACGAUGCGGUCAAACGCAAGCCCUCUGUUGGCUAUCAAGAGGAGAAAUUCAUACAGGCAAGGCAGUACACCAGGGAUGAGCACACGUCUCCCUUACAGAGUCUGAUGUGCGAGCUGUCUCACCCGAGCAGUGGUCUGACAGCCAGACUCGGCUACGGUUUCUUCACAGCAAGUCAGCUAAUAGAUUGGCUUAUGCUGCAGAACAGAGCCACCAUCAGAUCUCAAGGAGUUGCCAUUGGACAAGCCCUCCUGGAAACCGGUUACAUUGAGAGUCUCAGCCCGGACACUGUAGAGUUCCAGGAUAACAUUGCCACAUACCGAUUAAGAGCACCUCCCUCCCCCUCCCCAUCGGCACCCCCUUCGUCCGACGAGUUGUGGCCUGUCGACCCACCCACCACUGAGAGCAGUUCGCCCACAGUGUUCGUGCUGUUGACAGACUCGGAGUCGGAGUGUGUGGCGCCCGAGACGACCUUGCCGUCGUCUGCUAGCCUUUUCCGUCUUGACCUCAACUUGGAGGACAGUACGGUGCACAUCAGUCGACCUUCGCCUUCCAGCAAGCGGGUCAAGGUCAGCACAGGUAGCACCAGUGAUCAUAGUGCCGGAGAAGGUCUGGGUGAUACGGUAGUACGUGCCAUGGUUCAGUCGUACCGGGAGAGUUCUAGGGAGCCGGGACAGACUGUCAACUGGCACUCCGUACCAGCCCAGAGUCUCCGAGCGGACAAUGGAGAGCGACAAACAUUCCUAGCACUCAGUGGGGCGUUCCAACAGCACCUGGGGGUGUUGGUGAAGCAGCUGCUGAACAGCGAGGGUGUGGCGCAGUCAUGGGCGGACACAGUGCUGCCGCUCGCGCAGCAGGUGGUCGCGACCGUGCGUCCGGACCCUCGCUCUGACACUGACGACAUGGACAUCCGCCAAUAUGUCCAGCUGAAGAAGGUGAGUGGGGGAUCAAGGUCGGACAGUUGUAUCGUGGGUGGGGUGGUCUGCAGCAAGAACUUGGCCCACCGAGCCAUGCCCGCCAAGCUCGCCAACCCUCGCAUCCUGCUGCUCAGCUGUGCCAUCGUCUACCAGCGAAUAGAAGGACGACUCAUGUCUCUGGAACCUGUCAUGAUGCAGGAGCAGGAGUAUCUGCGCCAUACGGUGGCCCGGAUCGCUGCCAUGGCGCCGGACUUGGUGCUGGUGCAGCGAAACGUGUCCAGACUGGCCCAAGAGAAUCUACUACGACUCGGGAUCAGUCUGGUGCUAAACGUGAAGCCGAGCGUGUUGGACCGUGUCGCUCGCAUGACAGGUGCCGAUAUAGUCAAAAGCAUCGAUGCCCAGGUUGGCCGACCACAGCUAGGCACUUGCACUAGCUUCUACGUCCAGUCGUUCACAACAGACACAGGUGCCACAAAGACGCUAAUGUUCCUGGAGGGAUGUAUGUCGCCGCACCUGGGUUGCACAGUAUUGCUACGCGGCGCAUCCACCGCCGAACUGGCCAAGCUUAAGCGAGUGACCGGCUGGCUCAUCUACGCCCUCUACAACUGGCGGCUGGAGUUCUCCUUCCUCAUGGACGAGUUUGCCGAGCCUCCCACUCUAGGGGACGACAACUUCUUCCAGGACGAUGAUCACAGUCCCAAGAAAGAGAAGUUGUUGACGUCCUCACCGCUGAACGAUAACUUCAUAAACAGUCAGUCCAUGCAGCAGCUCCGGAACAGUGGGGGCAGUCGGUCGCCCAGUGUGAAGAGAGUGAAGAGUGCGGACAAGGAGAACAGGGAGAGUGACGAGAGUCUGAGUGAUAGAACAAAACUCUCGGGGAAGGAAAAAUCUAUCAGCGACGAGAGACGGAUGAAUGUUGAAUCCGUUAGUGACUUCAGUGAUCCACUCCACCUCUACAUGAACCUGGACGAUGAUGUGUUCAAGAAAAGCAACAACGGACAGUCACUGUCUGUGUCAGAACCUGCUAAGUCCAAUAGGUUUCGUAAAGCCCUAGACGACACUCUGCUCUCCGUUUCACCAUUUUUAAAGUUCAGUGUCCCGUAUCUGGAGACUGAGAACGGCCGGAACUGUCUGCUUCGGAGGUAUUUUCCCAAGCAGGUCUACUGGACAGCCCAACUCCAAGACAAGACUGUGACUAGGCCAACUCCAGCUGCUCCAGAAAUGUCCAAUAAGGAUGCUCUCCUCAAACUUAAUGGAAUUAAGUUGGGACCGGUUCAUCCGUUUAUAACGGCGAAACUGACGGAACCAGCCAACAGCCACAAUGUCCAGACCAUGUUGGCAUUCUACAGGGCGUGUGGAGGUCGUCUGCCACUACCUCCACUCCACAAGCCCCUGGUCCCUCCCACCCCGACCCCAGCCACCGCUGCUCCCACCCCAGCCCCGCCCACCGACGCCCUGGACCCCGCCAAACACCAGAGGCUCGCCGUGCUCUUCUGCAGCUAUUCCCAUGAAUCUCACAAUGCCCCAUCCUUCUGUGUUAACCCUUGGGUGGUUCACAUGGACUAUUACGGACGUAAUGACAUUCCUCUGGGCGCGUUCUUGGAGCGUUACUGUUUCCGAAGUUCGUAUACUUGCCAGUCAGACCGCUGUGAUACGCCGAUGCUCAAACACGUGAGGAGAUUCGUCCACGAAGGCGGUGCGGUGCAGAUAUCUCUGCGUGAGAUAGAGGGAGCCCCACACACCGAUGAUGACAGUAUACUCAUGUGGACGUACUGUCCUGCGUGCAACCAACAGGUCUCACAAGUUAUGCGGAUGUCGCCUGAUACAUGGUCGUUCUCUUUUGCCAAAUUCCUGGAGCUGCACUUCCAUGCCGGACAGUACACAGUGAGGGGUUCAGACUGUACCCACUCCAUACACCAGGCCUGUCGGCAGUUCUUUGGCCACAACAAUAUGGUCGCCUACUUCCAGUAUGAGAAGAUAUCAGUGUGGGAGAUCUCGCUGCCGCCGUUGCUACUGGUGACGCAGCCCACUACGCAAGCCGCGCAUCAAGAUGCGAUCCUAGAAGAGGUGAAGCGCUGGGCUCUCAACGGCUACGAAGUGUUUAGUGCCAUCCUUAACAGACUCUGCACACUCGCUUCCAACGGAGAAGCUGGCGCGAUGGUGAUGAAACAGCAGCUGCAGAAGGAGCAGACCAUGUUCAAGGGAAGAGUGGAGGAGAUACAGAUGAGGCUCACCUCUCCAACCCACAUGUGCCAGCCUCCAUCUCAGGGCCAAACAGACAGUGUGUGGCAACUGGAGGACUCUCUAGUGCUGCUCAAGCGCAGUAUUGCAGAGGCGGUGGGCGAGUGGAAUGUGCGGCUUUCCGAAGCGGAGACAGCGCACAGUGCUCGAAAACGCGAGGAGAAGAACAAGAAAUCAGGCCAAGACAUCAAGACCAACCUGUCCACUUCGGCUGGACUGUCUGAGAUCAUUGACGGGCAGCCGCUAGCUCAAGCGUACGACGUAGGGGAGACUGCCGCGAGCCGCAGGUCACUGCCGAGUCAGAGUUCACUGCAGUCGGCAACUGACGUUGUGGACGAUGUUCUGGCCACCACAGAGGAUACCAUCUUCACUGUAGAUGGCUGUGAUGUUGACGUGUUAGACAGUCCCGCCGCUGCUGUUGUGAAACCAACAGAGGAUUCUGCUCCUGUCAUGGCCCCAGAGUCUACAUAUUUCAUGUACCGAUCGCCGCCGCAGCUCAGGUCCGGGUCUAAAGGUGAGCCUGUUCCAUUAUCUGGCGGAGCUGAUAAGCAAAGGUCCGAGCGCUCCUUAUCUGUGACGUCCGACCCCGGCCGCUCUACAACACCAACAAUGCCUGCCACCGGGACCGACAAGGCCGCCAGAGUUGACGCGACUGUCAUCGCCGACCUCGUCGGCAAGCACCUUUUUUCUGGCGACGUCUUCGGCCGGCUCGUGACCCGCAUCACCCACGAGCUGAAGGGUGUUGUCGAGGAGGCUGUGCGGGCGGCGCUGGCGUCCGUCAGCGAUGAGGUGGCGAGGCUCCGGGAGCAGGUGGGAACCUUAACCCAGCGGCUAGAGGAGAUGGACGGCCAGCUGCAGGGGCGCUGUGACGAGCUGGAGCAGUUCCAGCGACGCCAGAACCUCCGCAUCUUCGGGGUGGAGGAGACGACGGGGGAGAACACCGACCGCAUCGUGGUGGAGCUCUGCAGGGACAAGCUCGGUGUGGACCUGCCUGUCUCCGCCAUCUGUAGGUCGCACCGAGUCGGCAGCCAGCCCAAGCCCGGGCCCGACGGCGGGAAGAGGCAUCGGCCUAUUAUCGUCCGCUUCAUCAGUUACCGAGACCGGCGGACGAUCUACAACAUGAAGAAGAAGCUGAAGGGCACGGGCAUCACGGUGCGGGAGGACCUGACGGCGCGGCGACUGGAGGUGCUGAAGAGGGUGACGGCGCAGCACGGGGUCCGCAACACCUGGACCCAGGACGGCAGGGUGCUGUGGCUGGGCAGCGACGGCAGCAAGGGAGUGGCGACCCGGCUCUCCGACCUCCGACCCGCUAACUGA